GUUAGUUUCUGUGGUGAUUUGACAGUGACAGAUUCGAAACAUUUUUUUUAUAAAUAAAUUGUAAUAAAAUACAUAAAAAGUUAUUUGAAAUGUUUAAUAGUCUAUGAAAGAGAUUAAAAGUUUCUCGUGCAGGAUUCGUAGAAUAUUUGGAACAAUGUCACGUUCCAGAUCUAGAUUUUUUCCCAAUCCAAAACACGAUUACAAAGGACCCGGUCAAAUUACAAUUCCUGUACCAGAAAUAACGCAACGUAUAGAUGAAACUCUUGUAAAAAUUGAGAACGGUGUUAAACCAACUGAAAAGAACGCUAGUGAAGGAAUAUAUCUAGGGACAGCUGGUAUAGCUUACAUGUUUUAUCAUCUCAGCAAUAUUCCUUCGUUAUCAUCAAAAAAGUCGUUGUUUUUAAAUCAAGCAAUAAUGUAUCUGAAACCGGCACUAGUCGUGGCAGGUUGUAAUAAAACCGAAGAUGUAGCGUCUUUUAUGCUGGGCAGCGCCGGUAUUUAUGCCGUAGCAGCCGCGGUUUACAAAAGUAUAGGUGAAUUACGUCAAUCCAAUCAUUUCAUUCAAUUAUAUUACGAUUCUGCCAAAAUUGUCAAGAAAGAAAAUUUUCUAAGUCACGGAUCCGACGAGUUGUUUGUUGGUAGAGCAGGUUAUAUACUAGGAGCUCUGUGGAUAUCCGCCGAAACGAACACUCCUUUGAGAAAACAAGAGAUUUACGAAAUAUGCGACGUUAUUGUUAAAUCCGGUAAAGAAUAUUCGGAAAGAUGUAAUUGUCAUUGCCCUCUAAUGUAUUCUUAUUACCAAGUGGAAUAUUUGGGGGCGGCCCACGGUUUGUGUUCCAUUCUACAGGUACUGCUAACGGUACCCGGAUACAUGGAUUCUCAUCCGAACGAAGCCAGAGAUAUUAAAAAUAGUAUCGAUUUUUUAUUAUCGGUACAGGAUCAGGAGGGCAAUUUUCCUUCGGCCACAGAUGAAAUUGGUUACACGUCCGAACUCGUCCAUUGGUGCCACGGUGCCCCCGGAAUGAUAUUUCUCAUGGCGAAGGCGUAUCUAGUUUUCAAAGAAUCUAAAUAUUUGGACGCUUGCGUUAUUAUGGGAGGGUUGAUUUGGGAGAAGGGUUUGUUGAAAAAAGGACCGGGGAUUUGUCACGGGGUCGCAGGGAACGGAUACGUAUUUUUACUUCUCUAUAGAUUGACGCAGGAGCCCAAAUAUUUACAUCGGGCUUUGGAAUUUUAUAAUUUCAUGUGGUCAGGUGAUUUUCAAAGCGGAUCCAGGACACCGGAUUAUCCUUAUAGUUUAUAUGAAGGAUUAGCAGGAACUACUUGCUUUAUGGCAGAUUUGACUUGUCCCCUUCAAGCGAAAUUCCCUUUUUACGAUAUAUUUUGUGUGUAUAAAUAAAAACUUUUGAAAAAAAAACCGAG